CGGUCGAGCCCCCAAGACCCCUCCCCGUAUCACGACGCCAGGUCCCCUUUAGCCCCCCUCGGCCAACGACCUCACCACACCCCGAGCUUCACUCCCCCGGAGACCGGGAAUCCCGGACACUCCAGACUCGCUGCCCGAGACUCAACGACCCCGAGAGCAGAACGCCAGGACCAGGACCCCCUCGCCCACGUCCGCGUUGCCGGUGUCCAAAGCCAAGGUCCCCUGUCUCCUUGGGCCGCAGCCAAGAACCGGUCCCUGGAGCCUCGUUCAACGCGACUCUCCCCUUCGGUUGUCGUCGGCUCGUCCGCGUUACUGGUGGAGACUGCAGAGGGGAUCAUCCUCGUGUGUCGUGGUGGUGGUGGUGGAGUUCGGCAACCCACCGCCAACUUGUCAGGAUCCGAGUCGAAUCGAGUAACACCGAGGGGGGGUUUCAUCAUCUCGCCGCCGCCGCCACCCCCACGGGUGUGCGCCAGUCAUGAUGCUGUCCACGCUGCGCCGUGCUGGCACUGUGGGGAUUCGCUCCGUAAGCUCAACGGCGACCGUGGGGGGCUCGGCCCCCCGACAGCGAGCACGGGACGGGGCCCCCCACCACCUCUCCCCCACCCAGGUGAUGUCCCGGGAGGAGCAGUACGGCGCCCACAACUACCACCCCCUCCCCGUGGCGCUCACCAAGGGAAAGGGCGUGUUUGUGUGGGACGUGGAGGGGAACCGCUACUUUGACUUCCUGAGCGCGUACAGCGCCGUCAACCAGGGCCACUGCCACCCGCGCAUCGUGGCGGCGCUCACGGAGCAGGCCCAGCGCCUCACGCUCACCUCUCGUGCCUUCUACAACGACGUGCUCGGGGAGUACGCGCAGCUCAUCACCUCGCUCUUCGGAUACAACAAAGUGCUGCCCAUGAACACUGGCGUGGAGGCCGGUGAGACCGCGUGUAAGCUCGCACGCAAGUGGGCAUACACGGUGAAGGGCGUGCGUCAGUACGAGGCCAAGAUUAUCUUUGCCGAGGGCAACUUCUGGGGUCGCACCCUGGCGGCCAUCUCAAGCUCCAUGGACCCCUCGAGCUACGAAGGGUUCGGCCCCUUCAUGCCGGGGUUCCAACUCGUCCCCUACAACGACAUCGAAGCCCUCGAGGUUGCGCUCCAGGACCCCACGGUGGCAGCGUUCAUGGUGGAGCCGAUCCAGGGGGAGGCGGGAGUCAUCGUCCCCCAGGAGGGAUACCUGCAGCGUGUGCGGCAGCUCUGCACGCAGUACAACGUUCUGUUCAUUGCGGACGAGGUGCAGACUGGGCUGGCGCGCACCGGUCACCGCUUGGCGUGUGACUACGAGGCAGUGCGGCCGGACCUGGUGUUGCUUGGCAAGGCCCUCUCCGGAGGCCUCUACCCGGUAUCAGCCGUGCUGUGCGAUGACGAGGUGAUGCUCACGAUCCGCCCCGGAGAGCACGGAUCCACGUAUGGGGGGAACCCCCUCGCGUGCCGCGUCGCCAUGGCAGCACUUGAGGUACUGGAGGAGGAGGGCCUGGCAGAGAACGCCCGUAUCAUGGGCGAGCUACUCCGCUCAGAGCUGCGCAAGCUGCCAAGCUCGGUGGUGAGCGACGUGCGGGGGAAGGGCCUCCUCAACGCCAUCGUCAUCAACCCAACCGAAGAUUACGACGCGUGGCAGCUGUGCCUGCGUAUGCGCGACCGGGGCCUGCUGGCCAAGCCGACGCACGGAGACAUCAUCCGGUUUGCGCCACCGCUCAUCAUCACUCACGACCAGAUGGAGGAGUGCAUAGAUAUCAUUCGCAGCACCGUGCUCUCGCUGUGAGCGUUGCUCGCUCGCAAUCUCAACGCUCCCUCCCCCCCUCGUCGUGUAGUUUUGGUCGAAAUGGCAUAACGUAGUCGUCUUUACAAACUCGCGGUUUAUUUUGUUCUCAAGCGCGGGCGCUGACGCGCGAGGGCAUUCACUUGGCACUUUGCGGAGGGGGCAGCACUUACACCAAGCCCAAACACAUGAGGCCCCCUCCAGCCUGAAGAAUAAGGUGGGGGCAGGAGCUGCCCUAUGAGGGGGGCCCGGUCCCCCUGGGUGGUGGGGACGAACCGGAGUAUGGAUGGCGUGUAUGCGCCUGUGUAUAUGUGUGUAAGUGCGAGUCAAUAAACACUCCUCUGCUUGCGC